GCCAUGAAAAGUGGUGACAUUGAAAUUUCUGCCGCUUCGAAAAAGUAUCGCCAAAAUGCACGAUAAAUAUCCCAUCAUAACGGGGCCGAUGUACGUCGCCAGACCAGAUAUGUCGCCUAAUUAUAGAAUAAUGACACUCAGCCGCGGCCCGUGUGACCUAGACAACAUGAGUCUGUUCCAAGACCUCAAACUAAAGAGGCGGAAAGUUGACUCCCGAUGUAGUAGCGAUGGCGAGUCAGCCGCCGACACGAGCACGUCGUCGCCAGACCCGGGCCCGCCCUCGCCGCGCAUGGCCGAGGCGGGCUGCAACACGCCGCCGCACCCGCCGCCCGUGUUCGACGGCGGCGGAUCGCCAUCGCCCUCGCCGGCCUGCCAUCCCACCGUCAUCCGAUCCGCGCCACCCUACUCAGUCAUCAAGUUUGAGGGAACGGCGGCAGCCAUCAAGUCGGAAAACUCUGCGGUCAGCGCCAAGCAUGACGCUCCGUCACCUGCCCAACUUUCUUCCGUGAAGAUCGAGGGCACGCCCCCCGAGCCGCCACAGCCUUACCGGCCGCGAGCGCUCGCACCACCGCCGCCGGGCUCCCACGGCUCGCUAUCGCCGGGCGCCUGGCCACCCACCGCCUCCAUCAACGGUGUCAAGCCGGAGCUCAUCGGUGGGCACUUCCCACCUCAACCCCUCGAGCCGAAAGGCGGCGCGAGAGGAACGCAAUGGCGCGGUGCGCCCGCAGUGAUCAUGGGCGAAUCGGGUGGAGUCCGCACAAUGUUUUGGACUUUGCCUGCUCCGAAUCCCGGCGGUGAGCCGGCGGCAAGCGCGUCGCAUACUCCUACACCACCGACGCCAGACCCGGCGACGUGCAGCGAGGAGUCGGCCGCGCGGUUGCUGCUGAACCUUGGUGGCGAACUGAGGCGGCCGCGCGGUCCGCCGUUGAACAUGGAGCUGCUGUGGGCGGGGGACGUGUCGCAGCUGCCGGCGCACCAGCAGCUGCACGCGCUGAACCUGAGCGCGGCGGCGGGCAGCGUGGCGGGCGCGGCCGUCGCCGGCGCCAGCUCACUCGCCCUGCCGCGCCCCGAGCUGCGGGCGUACGCGCCCGAGGCUGAGCGCGAUGAGGACGAGCAACCUAUGAUAUGUAUGAUUUGUGAAGACAAAGCGACGGGACUACAUUACGGCAUUAUCACGUGUGAAGGUUGCAAAGGUUUCUUCAAACGGACUGUACAAAACCGGAGAGUUUACACAUGUGUUGCUGAUGGUGGCUGUGAAAUUACGAAAGCACAACGGAAUAGGUGCCAGUAUUGCCGGUUCAAGAAGUGCAUCGAACAGGGGAUGGUUUUACAGGCUGUACGAGAGGAUCGUAUGCCCGGUGGACGUAAUAGCGGCGCCGUGUACAAUCUGUACAAGGUGAAAUAUAGAAAGCACAAAAAGGCGAACAAAGCAGCGACGACGACGAGUCGAGCGUCACCACCUGAGAAACCCAAGGACCCUUUACCACCACUCCCACCACACCUUGUUAAUGGAACCAUUCUAAAGACUGCACUAACAAAUCCUAGCGAAGUUGUCCAUUUAAGAGCGCGUCUGGAGAGCGCAGUGUCAUCAUCCCGAGACCGUGCUGUUCCCCUCGAGCGGGCGCUGCACAUGAUCCGAGCGCUGAUCGACUGCGACGCAAUGGAAGACAUCGCCACCGUCCGCCAUCUACCAGACUUAUUACACGAUACGUCGGAAAUCGGAGACAAACUCUGCAAGAUCGGCGAUUCAAUCGUGCACAAAAUGGUCGCGUGGACCAAAAAACUUCCAUUCAUUAUGGAGAUUCCUAUGGAGAUCCACUCGAAGCUGUUGAUGGAGAAGUGGCACGAGAUCUCAGUGCUGACGACGGCGGCGUACCAGGCGAUGCACGGGAAGCAUGCGCACGCGCCGCCUUCCUCAGACCAUGAACAUGACUUUAUGCAAGAGGUAAACGCAAACCUGCGGACGCUACAGAACUGCCUGACAUCACUGAUGGGGCGACCGAUCACGCUGGAGCAAUUGCGGCUAGACGUGGGCCUGGUGGUGGAGAAGAUGACACAGAUCACCUGCGUGUUCCGCCGCAUCCAGCUACGGAUGGAAGAGUACGUCUGUCUGAAGGUCUACAUACUGCUCAAUCAAGAAGUGGAGCUGGAAGGAAUCCAGGACCGGUACGUGCAGGUGCUGCGGAGCUACCUGGAGCACGCGGCGCCGCACCACCCCGGCCGCCUGCAGGAGCUCUUCGCCAGGAUACCUGAGAUCCAGGCUGCGGCGAAUCUACUGCUCGAGAGCAAGAUGUUCUACGUGCCGUUUGUUCUGAACUCGGCUGAGAUCAGAUAGUAUAUGGCGCAGCAGGGCGUCUAGUUCUCGAUGUACGAGCGGCCGCCGCGCCCGCGCCCGCGCGGCGCGCCCUCGCACCCUUGUUCCUACUCGAGCGAGCGCCCGAGUGGAGGAGCGCUCGGGCCGGGGCUGCGCCGCCCCGCCAGCGAGUGUUCGGACGCCAGUGCCAGUGCUGCCACCAUGUGCGAGGACCCUGCGGUACUCUAUACCCUUGUUGAGCGAUGUGUGUAAUGGUUUAUUGUUUAGUAGAGGAAUUAAAACGUCCCAAUUGACAGACUGAUUUAUUAAUAAAUAGCUAUAGGUACCAGGGACUUGAAUGCGUGUUUUAUACGUGGUAGUGUAUACUACUUAGCUAUUAAAUAGAAUAAAAUAUAUUAUUAUGUUACUAUUUAAAAAUUGUCAGUCGAAGAAUCGCAUAAUAUAUUAUUUCUGUAAAUAUAGAGUAUAAUUUACAAUAUUAUAGAUAAGUCGUUGUUUCAGACAAUUGUUUCUUGUAAAUGAAAUAUUGCUGUUUUAGUUUGCAUUUUAUAUUGUCUAGAAUUAACCAGUAGACUAAUGACUGGGUGUGUAAUUAUGAGAAUUCUAAUUUAAUUUUAUAUGAAUUGUUCGUAAGUAGUGUAGUUAGCACUAAGUACCUACUCUCAGUGUUUACCAAGACUGCUUGUAUGUAUACAACUACUGUUUAUACAUACACUAACAUAGGCGCGGACGCCGCUACGAUCUUGUAGUCACAACUUAUGCAUUUUUAUUGCCAAUUUUCGCAUAACACUUGUGCAUGUUUUGCUCUAUACACUUCUGAUUCUGGUCUAAUAGACUUAAGUGACCGUAGGGGCCGCGGGGAGCAACAAAGUGACACUCUCACUGAACUCCAAUACAGUGUUGCAUUGCAAUGGAGCAGUCCUGCGGUCUCCGCCACUCUUGUUGCAUUUCUAUGUUGUAUGGUUAUCUUUAUGUGUGUAGGUGCUUCUAUCUUUACUGAGAUACUUCGCUUCCUUUAAUGUGUUCAAUUGUAAUUAUGCUCAAUAUUUCAAGUUGUCAUCUCCAUAAAAAUCGUUGUUCAUUCAGAUAUAUCAUUUUUAAUGUUAUUUGUAAUUUAAUCUCAUAAAUCUGCCAGUCAUUCGAUCGGUUUACUGCAUCGUACUGCUAACCAAAGCUGGUACAUUAUAUAUCUCAACAAAAAAAAUUCUAGAGCAGUUACAUUUACUUUCUUAUCGUUACUCGAAUGCAUACCUUGUCAUUAGCAACUCUUGUAGUCGGACCAAAUACAUUAUCAUGAAACUUAACACGAUCAUCACAUCUCUACAUACUAACCGCCUUGGGUGCACCACAAUGUUGGUUUCAUCUCACACCGUUCACAUUUUCAUUUCCAUUAAAAUAAAUGGUGCACACCGUCAUUUUAGUUUUAAAUUAAUAAAAAUAGUAUAAUGUUCGUCACUCUCAGUAUGUAAGAACAGACUUUUGGAACUAAUCACUGUCAGUAAUCACUGCCUGACUUGUACGCUCUGCCGUUUGUUAUUCUUGUAUUAAUAGUUAAUGUUAAAUAUACGUUCCAGCAACGGUGAACAGUUACCACUAGCUCUAGGGGCGAUGUACGCCCGUAAAAUUAAGUAAUUACAACCAAAAAGUUCGUUCUAGGGACUUAGGUUCUAGGUAAUUAAAUGUUAUGCCUUAGUAUUGUGGCCGACGACGUUGUGUAGGCACGCAGUCGGCCCCACUCUCACAAUAGACGGAUACCGAGUCCGAAUUAAAAUGUACAUUAAGUAAGAUCGGUCGUAUAACCAGAUGAUACCAGUAAUAGCGAAGCAAACUCAAUGCAACAUAGCUGCACGGUUGAUAUUAUAACGUUUGUAAGAAUUAGAGAAUCCUGUUACCUGAAUGAGCGACACACGUCCGUUCCUCAACGUGUUACCAUUAGUUAAGUGUUAGCGUUACGUGUUUUGUACAUUGUAAAUUAGUUGGAAUACAACCAGUUACGAUACUGCCAUCAAAUGCCUAAAUAAAUAGUUUUCAAUUAAUUUUGUUAUUAUGUACGUUUAAUUUAGUUAACGAAGUUCGUGAAAUUAUUUGUUAAUUGUGAUAAUCGAACAGUGAUAGAGAAUGAUACGCGCACGUUCCAAAAACUCGCGCUCGCGGCGGUGUGAGCGGCGGCCGCGUACGCUCGUACGCUCGUACGCUCGGUUCGGUGUCAACUCGCCCGCCGGGGCUUCACCAUGAUUGGGUAACUAUUAUUUAUUUAUUUUUUCAAGCUAACUUAAUUAUAAAUUAAUUAGUUCUUAAAUACACCAUCAGCAAGACGGUGUCAAAUCUAAAGUCUGAGGUAAAGAUGCCUUUAUAGAUUUUUAAACAAUGUAAUGACGGAAAUCGUAAAUAUUAAUAAUCGCGAAACGUGCAUCGUUCUACUAAUUGUAAAUGAUAACAUGUAUGUAAGUAAUAUGACACUUAUUUUGUUAGUAGUGUAGCGUAUUGUUAAGGCGUACUAACGGCAGUGUAUCAAAUGGAUAUAGAUUUGUAAGAAUGUUAUUGGCGUUGUACAAAGGAUAGUAUUGUUAGUAUGUAUUACAAUGAAAUUGGCGCAUUACUGGCGAGUACCUAAUUAGAAUAGUACACGAAGAGCCCACAACGAGGCUAUACAUUCAUAAUGUAAAUACAUACAUUGUAAGGGCCACUUGCUUUUCGUUGCUCUCCUAAAUUUGUUGCUGGACUGGGUUUAAAGCUUUUUUCGCCUUUUAUCGUAUUCUAAAUGGACUUAGUAUUUACACUGUUACUUCUAUCAAAAUUGACUGAAAAUAUACAGAGUAAAGAAUUCUCAUGAGUUGCUGCUUGUCGUGUUGAUUUGUGGAUGUUUGUGACGUAGAGCCGGCAUAGUCGCGCGGCGCGGGCGUCGGUGCGCGGCGGCGCCACAAUGGGCGCACGCGCCUCUACUCGUCUCUUUGUAGUACCUGCCUGUGUCUCGCCUGCUACCGCUGUUGUCUACAGCUACAUGAACCCUCACACCAUCUCUCACACAUCGUUACUCCAAAGUCAGACAGUAGAGACAUCGCGAAAAUAAUUUGACUGAUAUAGUAAUAUAAACAUAAUAAUGUUAAUAUAUUUAUAAGAAUGUAACAAAAACUUAAUGCAUUUCACAGUUUCUUUACAGUCCAUAAGAAAGUAAUUAACUACAUCUAAGAUAUUGUGACGAAAUAUUUUCACAUUCGUAGAAGUAAGGUUUGUUGUGUAUAAAAAUAGCGUUUCGUGUAUUUCGGGUAAAUGAAGGGUUGAAAUUGUGUACAUUAGACAUUGUAUUAAAUAGUUACGGAAUAAAUCGAAUGUAAAGCCGUAAGAGAAUAUAUAUUUGGAAACGUUGACGAGUGUUUGUUCUAUGUAUUACGUGUCACAGAUGGAUAUUUGAACUCUAGCAUAGAUUAUUCUACGAGUUGUAUUAUUCAGAUAACUUUUUAUUCAAAUAAUCAAUUUUGUUGUAAAAGUUCCAAGCAAACACGUUCAGCUUAUUUCCCUGUGUUUGUCCUUCUAAAAUAAUUUAUUGACUGUAAUUUCGUUAACUGUUAAAGACACAGUAAGUACUAGAUACACUUUGACACUGUCUCACGACUUUGUGCCUCUGAACAAACUGCACUUAGACAUAACAAGACAACUUCUUAUAAGAGUUCAAUGGUUGAGUGUGCUGUAUUUCACGUAUUUAGUUGGGCUCGCUCAAUUUCAAGACUUAUCGCAAUCAGAACUAGUACUAUUAAGUAUUAUCGAUACCAUAAGGUUCUAUGUUUACAUUUAGCAAAUCACAUUAGUGUCUGACUGCUGUUUUGACCCCUGAAAUACAACAGACUGAAUGUCACACGCUGGAAUAAGCUAACCUAACCAUGCUAGAAUGUACAAUGCAUUUUUUUCAAUAAACGAAUGACGCCUGUAACAUGAGUCGUGUUAAAAGAUUCAAUAAAUAUUGUUAGAUUUUUCAUACUAAAUUCUCGUUACUACGACAUUUUCAGGAUCAUUUUAGGGGUCAAUUUCCGAUGGAUAAAGGCUGUUUAGAUAUUCGACCAAGAAAUAGGUGACUUUUGAAAUAGUCUGAUGAUUGUACCACAACUGCUAUAGCUAUACCAAAGCAACACUACAGUAUCGCGUUUAUACUUUGAAGAUUUGUUUAAGAAUAUAUUUCAUAUCUUGACUAGUUACAAUUCAAAUUCUUUUUUAAAAAUAAAAAGAGGCUUUAAAAUAUUGAAAGAUAUUGCUGGAGCACAAUCUUUGAAACUUAGAAAAAACUUGUUUCGGCCUACCUAAUGUACUGUAUAGUUGUAACUUACGGUCGUGUGGUAUAUCUAUAGGUGUUGUAUGUACUAUUUUCAUUGUUUCGCCUCGUUGAAGUGGUGCGCCGGAUAGUCAAUCGAGUGUAUGUACUGGUUGCCAAGAGGAGUUACCCACAGUUGUGUUUAGUUAGCGAUGCAUAACGUGUUUGUACUUUAAUUUGUUUUUUAGUUGUACUCUUGGAAAUCAAUGGUUAAUAAUUUAAGAAAAUAAAAUG